CCCUCUCUCUCUUAUUAUUUCUUUCUUUCUUAAUUUGAGAAUUGAGAUAUAGCUCAACAUAUAUAUAUAUAUAUAUAUGUAGAGCAAGAUCGAUCAGAUCUAAGAGGCUAGUUUUUUUAAUCAGUGAAUCCAGUGGUGAGGUAACACAUCAAUCCUAGCAGUCAAUCAAUCAAAUCAAUAGGAGAAUCAUUAUCAUCGGAGGAAUCAAAGAAAAAAGAAAUAAAGAAAAAAAAAACAUUGUCAUCAUCAUGUCUUCUUCAUCCGCUGCCUUUUCACCGGACCACUUUCACCACCUCUCUCCUUCUUCCGAGCAGCUCUGUUACGUCCAUUGCAACUUUUGCGAUACUGUCUUAGCGGUUAGUGUUCCAUGUUCAAGCUUGUUCAAGACGGUUACGGUUCGAUGUGGGCACUGCACCAAUCUGUUGUCUGUCAACAUGCGUGGUCUUCUUCUUCCGGCUGCCAAUCAACUUCAUCUCGGCCAUUCCUACUUGACUCCUCAAAACAUUUUGGAGGAGAUUCGAAGUGUGACGCCAAACAUGAUGGUGAACCCACAAGUGCCUAACCUUAACAAUCAUCAGCCUCAAAUGCCGGCCAGAGGAGGAAUGGAUGAGCUUCUUCCUAAGCCUCUUCCUGUUGCCAAUCGACCACCGGAGAAGAGACAGAGAGUCCCAUCUGCCUACAACCGUUUCAUCAAGGACGAGAUUCAACGCAUUAAGGCUGGAAAUCCCGAGAUCAGUCACAGAGAAGCCUUCAGUGCUGCUGCCAAAAACUGGGCCCACUUUCCACACAUUCACUUUGGACUUUUGCCUGAUCAUCAACCCGUGAAGAAAGCUAACAUGCGCCAGUAGGAUGGUGAUUGGUGAAGAUGUUCUAAUAUGAAAGAUGGGUUCUAGCUUCUAUCUUGCCAAUGUUGGUGUCUCUUCUUCUUACUAGUGAAGUUAAAAAACCCUAGUUUUUAAUAUUAUUGUUGGUGUUCUUGUUGUUUAAUCUUCUUAUGUUGAUGAAUGAUAUGAGAACUUUUGUACCUUUUUUAUGUAGUUAGAUGAAGCUUUUUCCUUGUUUA